AUGUCGGAAAAGGGGUUAAUAGCCACCGUACGCGGCUACCCACGAGCCGUAUUUUACUCACUUGGCAAUGAGUUCUGUGAACGGUUUUCGUAUUUUGGUAUGAGAGCAAUAUUGGUCAUCUAUUUGCUUUACGAACACAACAUGACUGCCAGGUAAGUUACUGAAAAUCAUCUUUAAAAUGUGCAUAGUAGUACAAACAGCCAUACUACGCAAAGUCAGAUCACCUUAGGAAAUAGAAACUUUCGAAAAACACAAUCAGCAGUACUAAGUGCACCAGCUUUUGCCAAAAACCCUGUGUACAACAAACUUAUUUUCAGCAAAGCCUUCUUCGUAUACCACAUGUUCAUAGCGUUAUCGUAUCUUUCCUCGUUGCUCGGCUCAGUAGCAGCUGACAACUACUUUGGUCGCUUUAAAGUUAUCAUCUGGGGUAGUAUAGUAUACGUUCUUGGUCAUGUUUGUUUAUCGUUCGGUGCUGUACCUAAUCUAGAACACUCUGUACGGUCACUGUUUGACUUUGGAGGAUUAUUCGUCAUCGCAUUGGCUACUGGCUCCAUUAAACCUUGUGUUAGUGCGUUUGCUGCUGAUCAGGUAGGUGUUUAAAGAUGCCGUUAUCGUAUUUUACCGUUUUUCCAACAUUAAUAAGCUUUACCUUUAUCAUAUUUUCAGUUCGAAGACCGUCCAGACGCCGAGAAGGACCGUGAACGCUUCUUCUCCUUCUGGUACUUUGCUAUCAAUGCUGGUUCUCUGCUCGGUAUGAUCCUAACCCCCAUCCUUCGUGGUCGUGUCUCCUGCCUCGGCUCCGAUUACUGUUACCCUCUGGCCUUCGGCGUUCCCGGUGUCUUUAUGCUGUUUGCGUUUCUGAUCUUCUUGAGCGGUGUACGUCACUAUCGUCGAGUGCCCGCGGACAAAGGCAAUGUCAUUGGUCAGGUAGUCAAGUGUAUUGGCUAUGCGGCAGCCGAAAAGGUCAAACACACAGCUACGGGCCGCGACAAACGUGAACAUUGGCUGGACUAUGCCGAUGGCAAGUUUAGUCAUAGUCUGAUCGCCGGAGUAAAAAGUUUGCUGGGUGUUAUUGUCAUGUACAUUCCUGUGGUGUUGUACUCGGCCUUGAAUGAUCAGAUGGGAUCAACUUGGCAAGAACAGAGCAUCAAAUUGAAUGGCAGAGUAGGACCAUUCACGAUCCUUCCAGAUCAGCUGAAGAUUCUGAAUCCGUUGUUGAUCUUGUUCAUGGUGCCAAUCUUCGAAGCUUACAUUUAUCCUUGUAUCAGGAAGUUCACUCCCAUUACUCCGCUGAGGAAGAUGGCUGCUGGUGGGAUUCUGACUGCUGCUGCUUUUGUCUUGGCUGGCUUUGUUGAAGUAAGUUUGAACUAGAAGCUGAAAAAACAAAAAAAUUGAAAUACGAAAUAAUCGAAAAACAUCAAAAUUAUUUAUAAAUAUCAUUCUAAAGCCCAUAAUCUUCAAUAUUUUACCAAGUCUUCUUGUUUCAGCUCAGUCUCCAACCCUCUCUCGAGCCAACUCCAAUUGACGGCCACGCUUUCGUCCAAAGAUUCGGAAACGCCUCCGCCGAUCUCCGCACGUUAACUGGAUUACCCCUCCAAACCGGCAAAAACGAAUGGCCCGCUGGCGACUAUAUUGUACCAAACAACGAUGGUACCAACAUGAAUGUCACAGUACAACCAGGAGAUUCUAUCGUUCUUGGAGUUUAUGAAAUCAACCGGUCGAUAAAGUCUUUCGUUUUCCCUUAUUCGACCAAAAAACCAGAAAACCUGAGAACUAGACUGUUCUUGAUUGUUCCACCUGGAUCUGGUCUUGUUGGUCAACCUUUGUUUAUAUACAAUGAAAAUGGCAAACUGGAUCAGGAGGUACAGAUAGAAGCUGGAAAGAAAGUUGAUCUACAGCCUGGGUCUGUCAGCUCACCUAGAUAUAGGUUAAAGUAUGGCAGCGGAUGCAGUUUGAACAGUUUGAACUGUCCUUAUGAAAGGUAAGGCAAUAAAGUUGAAUUUUAUACUAACGAUGAAGUAUAAUAUUAAGAUUACGGCUUAUUGAAAACAUAAACUACAGAAAAAAAUACAUCUUGAAUAAACCUUACAUUUCAGAGACUUUACCGCUGACAUGGGGGCAGUUGUAGUUCUUGAUCUCUCAGAUAUCACGUCGAAUGGAGAACAAACCAUUGUCCGUCCAAACACAGUCAACAUCCUCUGGCAGAUUCCUCAGUACGUGAUCAUCAGUGCUGGCGAGAUUCUGUUCGGCAUCGCCGGUCUCGAGUUCUCGUACGCCGAAGCUGCUCCAAACAUGAAGUCGGUGCUCCAGGCUGCCUGGCUAAUGACAACUUUCUUCGGUAAUUUGAUCGACGCCGGCAUCUCUGGCUCCAAACUAGUAGCAGAUCCAGCUGCCGAGUUCUUCCUCUAUGCCAGUAUGAUGUUCGGUGUUAUGAUCAUCUUCAUCAUCAUGGCAAUUAGGUAUAAGUCAGUCGAUAGGAACGAGUUCGACGCUUUGCCAGCUGAAAAGCCAGAGAUUGACGAUUAG